UGACUGUGGACAAAACAGGAAGCCAGAGGAGUUUUUAAACAGACUGUUUCAAAACUCUCUCUUCACACUUUUGUUUGAAAUUCACGGUCACUUUUUGCCUCCCGACUUGUCAAGUCUGUGUUGCCUUUUGAAAGAUGAUAUGGUGUCUAUUUCCCCCACUCCUCUUCACUGUGACAGUCUCCUCAGGGUCUCCCACGGUGCAGUGGGAGAUGUUGGCCCCUCGUCAGGUGAACGGCACAGAGAGGAACACAGCGAUCCUGCCCUGCAGCUUCUCUCACCCCACCCAGGACACUUACACAGGGCAGAUACGGGUCCUGUGGAAAAAAGACCACCCUUGGACCACCGAGCCCUUCUUUCAGUGCAGCUUGACGAACAGCACAGGGGCAGCUGGAGACGAGUGCUCCAGGUACGUGGCCGCAGGACGUUUUUUUCUCAGCGGCGACCCACGUCACAGGGACCUCUCCCUGCUUGUCAAGGACCUGAGGCUGAAUGACAGUGGAGUGUACUUCUGCCGCGUGGAACUGGACCAAGUACUUGAGAGCUAUCAGAGUAAGGCUGGAACCAAACUCAGCGUCACAGCCCCAGCCCAUAUCGUUAGCCUCUCCCAGAUGCCUUUCCCUGACAACAGCACUCUGGAAUGCGUGGCUGUCGGUAGUCCGCCACCAAAGGUCACUUGGUUCUCCUCAUCCAAGGGGCUGGUACAGGCUGUUGACAAAAACAACCCGCAGGAUCCACCGUACACCAUCAGAAGCUCCAUUCACAUCUUCAGCCAGGAGGUUUACACCUGCCAGGCAGAGAACACACUGGGCUCCCAAGUGAGGGUGUUUCCCCCACGCAAAGGGCCCAAGCCCCUGACGGUGUGGCUGAGUGUGUUGGUUGGCCUGGUGCUGCUGGCUGGUGUGGUUGCUGCCCUGCUGUGGAUGAAGAGGGGAGGAGCUUCCCUGAAAGUGGAUAUCCGGAGUUUUAAAAAUCGAGGAAGACAGAAAACAGGUGCGUCUGACACAAAUGGCGACCAAGAGCUAGUUUAUGCUGACAUUGAUCAUUCACCAAACCCAAAUGCAUACACAGUACCAUCACACGGAAUGCAAAAUGAUAUCAUUUAUUCUGAUGUGAACUGAGUGAACACCUGCUGCCCAAGAGAGUGACUGAAGGCUAUGGUGCUGAAUACUGUCACAAUACCACCAGCUCUUAGACUCCAAUGAAAAAUAACUGAAUAGGUUUUCUCUGUGAUACUUCAUGAAACAUUUACCAUUAACACUGCUUAGUGGUACACGUGUGCUGUAUGAAAAUGUGUUUUGGAGUUCUAAUGGACAAACCCAAAUAAUGUGAACUCUAAUGUUUUAUCUUUUUGUAAUCUAAUCUAAUAACUGUCAAAUGCAUUCCUCUCAGGGCCUUGAGAAUGUUACUUAAGGAAGGAAGUACGUGUUUUGUGAAAGAUCACUGUGAAGAGACAAUUUCCUUUCCUUUCUGAACAUAUUUCAGUACAUUUGACUUUUAACCCUUUAGGGUUAUAGCGCCUGUACAGAUGUCUUUAUGCUAUUGGACUGGUUAGGAAUGCUAUAUCUGUGUCCUCAGUGGCCAGUGCCCCUAGCAUGAUCAUACACUUAACAACAUACUGUAUGUUUAUGACAAAGGAAUCUCAUGCUAUGCACACUAUAUGCAUGUUCUAUGUAUGUGGCAUCCACAGAAGGUCAAUUAAAGUGAUCUCCCCAUGGAUAACCAUGAAACUA